AUAUACGUGAGGAUAUAUAUAUAUAGUAUCAUAUAUGUAGCCCAGCUCAACUUCCUAUCUCUCUCUCAUCUUCGGUCCUCGGUCUUCCCUCUCCUCCAAAUCCCUAGAGCCAUCCCCUCCAAAGCUUGCCCCAGGCGUUUGAAGUUGCAGAUCUCGAACAUCAACGCCAUGGCAACUUCUAGAGAGAUGAGGGGGGCUUCGAUCUAUGUCUCUGGCUCCGUCGUUUGCCCUAAACCUAGGCGAAUCGGACUCUUGAAUCCUUCCUUAAACGACCAAAUCAGACCCUCUUCUAGAUGGCACACCAAUUACCAAACAGAAAUUUCCGACUCUAGAGCAGGAACUGAACUACUUGACAUGAUUCUCACCAAGGGAAGUUAUGGUGCAGAAAAAUCCAAUAUCCAAGUGCCCUCGUCACCGCCAUAUUUCAGUGGGUCUCCACCGAGCAGGGCUUCGAAUCCUCUGAUCCAAGAUUCACAAUUCGGCAAUGACAAGUUCAUUCCAUUAUUGCAGCCACCCAUUUCUCCAUCGUCCUCUGCACGCAAAAGCGGAUCAUGCGCCCGAAUGAAAUUUGGGCACACUCCAGCUGCAGUGAGGAUUGAGGGGUUCGAUUGCUUAAGCAGAGAUCGCCGAAGUGUCUCUGCUGUUGCAUAAAACAAAACCCCCAUCCUAAUAAGCCCGCAAGAAGCAGAGGAAGAUCACAAGAGGUGAUAUGAAUAUUUUCGGGAGAGCGGACUCAUUAUAACAUAGUUUUUGUGUAUAUACAGGGUUGAAGUUGAACUUGAAUGGUUCAUCAUUUUGUUGAGUUUGUGUUUGAAUCAAAUUAUGUAUAUGUAUAUCUAAUCAGGUGUUGAGAGAAGUUGAUCCAAUAAAUCAGAGAGAGGGGGGUAAAGUGAAAUUCCUUUCUCUCUUUCUUGGGUUAGUUUUUGUUGAGACUUGUCACUCUUGUCCUUCACUGUAAUUGUAAUUCGAAGGUGAUGAGUUGGUAAGUCUCUUUUUUUUUUUCUUUUUUGAAAAUUUCCCUGUAAUUGUUGUUGCGUAGAAGCAAGCAAGUAAUAAGAAAGAAUUUUGUAUAGAAUCACGUGGAAAUGAAUUUGGCAAAGUUGCUUUA